AUGGCGGAAGUUGGUGACGAGGUAGAUAGAUUGAAACAAGAGUUAGAAAAGGCGAGAGAGGAGGUAUCCAAGUUACAAGAUGAGAGACAGAGGGUCGCACAAAACGAACUAAACUAUUUGAGGAAGGAGAUGGAAGAAUUGAGAAUGGCCGGAAAUAGGAGGGUGGAAAUGAUAGGUGCCAGAGAGGUGAAAGAAUGGUGUGGUAGCGAAGGAGAGAUGAGUGUAGAGGAGUUUGUUGAGAGAGUAGAGAUGUUGCAGCAAAUUAAUGGGUGGACUGAGCAGAACACAGCUGAUUUGGUGAGACGAAGAAUGAUUGGCGAGGCGGCAGAAUUCUUGCGAAAUGCGACAAGUGAGAAGCAAGACGGAUGGACAUGGAAGGAGAUAAAAGGGCUGCUAUUGCAGCGGUUUGGGGUGAAGAAAGACAGAGUGGAUGAAAUGGCAAAACUAAUGAACAUCCGACGGAAGGAGGGGGAAAAUUAUCGGAGAUUCGCUGAUAGAUGUAGAACGGCGGCGCGCUAUGUUGUAAAAGAAUAUGAGAAAGAAGAGGAAAAGCGAGUAGCGAAUGAGAUUCGAGAGGAGAUGAUCUUGGGAGUAUUCAUGGAUGGUUUAACUAGCGAGGUACGACGUGUGGUGAAGGCUAGGAAGGGAGUAAAUACUCUGACGGCGGUAUUGGAUAUGUUGAAGGACAUAGGGGAGGAAGGUGACCGGAAAAGAGUCAGGAAGGAACUAGAGGAAGAAGAAGAAGCAAACAGCAGCGGUUCUGAGAAGAGCUAUGCGACGGUAGUAAGCAAUAGUAGCGAGCGAAGAGGACUUCGGCGGAUCGAAGGUGACAAGAAGGAAGGAUUUGUAAAGAUGGAUCGUGCAGAGGUUGUAGUAGCGGCCGGGAGUAAAUGGCAUGAUAGGGUGGGUCCGGCUGGAGAAGUGCAAGGAGAGCGGCAGAGGUCACUGCGCAGGGUACCGUACACCCCAUGUAGGAGGUGUGGACAGGUUGGUCACUGGACACGUGAGUGCACAAUACAUCCGAGCAACGAAGAAUGUUUUCAGUGUGGGCGACCGGGGCACUUUAUAAACACAUGCCCGCAGACCAUAUGCGAUAAUUGUGGAUAUGGCGGUCACGUCUGGAGACAGUGCCAAAAUAUUGGAACAUCCGUGAGGAGGGGUCCAAUUUCGCGGCGACAGCGGCGAUCGGAAUCAGAAAAGUCAGACAGGGAGGUGGAGAAAUAUGCGAGCUUAGCCGGAAGACGGGCAGAAAGUCGUAGCGUUUCCCCAAACUAG